ACGUCAAAUUGAUAAAAAAUUGUCACCAGGAAACGUAAACAAAUUGCACGCAAUUUUACAUUCCAUGUUUUUUCCAAAGUUUUUUCAACAGUUUUAAGAACUUUAAAUGCUGUCGUGUCCAAUAAAUAGUGUGAUGAAAAGUCUCUGAGAAAUGAAGAAACAUCCGUCGUCCGGUCUGCUGAAGGGCAGGUUGAUUCGCCUUACCAACCUGUACGAUGUUACGGCGAAGCAGUUCUUUGUUUAUGUUCGAAGUCUCCAUAGCCACAUCCGGAAGCAGAAUGGCAGGAUCCGUCGUCUCCGGCGUAAAAUUGCGGAGUUGAGGAAGUUUCGGAAGCAGCACACUAGCCAUGGCAAAGCAGUGGUGGUAGAGGAGAGCGAAGAGGACGAUGUAUUGAAGGCGCUUGAGCUAGCCGAGGAACAACAGGCUCAUGAUUUGAAGGCGAGUGAACCUUUGGAUGUGAAGGCUUUCGUUGACGACAUAAAGAAGACUGCCCAAGAGUUCAACUAUCAGAAUCGGUAUAUUUACGAGCCAACGAGUGGACUCUAUUACGAUCCGGAAACCGGAUACUACUACAAUGCGAUUUACGGACUGCAUUAUGAUGGGCAGAAAGGAUGCUACCUCAAGUACAAUGAGCAAACCGGCCAAUACGACUUCUAUUCUCAAGUGAUACCAGAAGAAACGCUUGAGAAGGAAAAGCCCAAAACGUAUCAAAAGAAACGGAAGCGCGAGAGAGCCGAGCGGGAUUCGAUGUCAGCCGACGAACGGGUGAAACAUGGUCGAGAUCGGCGGUGCAGUCGAUCGCCUAGCCACGAAAAGGAUUCAAAGCGCCAUCGUCGGCAUCGUCGACGGCAUAAAAAUCGUCGCAGCCGCUCGCGAUCCAAUCAGUCGGUAUCAAGUCGUUCCUCAUCUAGCUCUGGGGAAGGGGAGAAUAGUAAGCGACGGAGGAAGAAGAAAGAGAAGGAGGAGAAAAAGCGGAAAAAGAAAGAGAAGCGUAGGAAAGCGAAGUUAGAGCAUUCAGACGACAACAAAGAGGAUGGGGAACUGGAUAGCAGCAGCGAUAGUGAUGAAAGUGAUAACAAAGAGAGAAAAGUUAUCACGAUAGAAUCAAGUGCGUCCGAGAAGGAAAACCCGGGCAUUGAGAUUGAUUUAGAUAAAUAUGCCGAUAAACAUUCAGGUGACUUCAAGGAAGGAGAUAUUUCAAGGAAAUAUCCCCCUUCAUUGAGGCUAAUCGUCCAGGAGAGCAGCGUGGCAUCACUGAAAGAAGGUUCUCUAUUUAUAAUCACUUGCAACGGAGGCUCGCUCGGUCGUGAGGGUGAUCACGAUGUCAUCAUUCCGGAUAUCAAUGUUUCGAAGUACCAUCUGAAAUUCAGCUACAACACUCGUACAAGUGCGUAUCAGCUUUUGGAUCUGGGUUCACGUAAUGGAACCUUCCUGAACGGAACCCGUAUGGCACCGACCAUGCAGGAGAGCGACCUUUUCGACAUUGUGCACGGUGACGUUAUCGAUCUGACCCGAACCAAGCUGCUCUGCCACAUCCAUGAUGGUAACUACACGUGUGGGAACUGUGAACCCGGUCUGUUGAUGAAGACGUCCAAAAAGGGAACCGCGUCGGAUGACGAACGAAUCACCAAACCGGUUAGUUACAAGGAGGGAAAGAAGUUGCUGCAGCGUCGCUUCGGUUUGGAGGAUGAGAAAUAUGUGAAAAAAUCAGGACCAGCUCCAGAGGAGUACAACGAUCGGGCGGCUCACCGUAGGAAGGUUAAGGGAAGCUCGAAUGAACAUGCCAAGACUGAAAUGGCUUCAUUGAAUGAACAAAUUAACAGCAAAAACAAAGGCUUCAAGAUGCUAUCGAAGUUAGGUUGGAGUGAAGGACGCUCGUUAGGUAUCCGGGAUCAGGGACCGAUGGAACCGAUUCGGUUGAAAACAAACAUUGGCACCAGUGGGCUGGGCAGUCAAGCGCUGGCGGAUCCAACUGCGAUGCCAGACGAAGCAAAGAUGAACAUCUGGAAGAUGGCACAAGAGCGAUACAAGGCGUGUGCGGAAGUCGAGGAGGAUGGCAUGAAAGUUCCAGCUGCUUCUAUGGAACAACAUAUCAGCAGCGAGAACCGCGGUUUCCAGAUGCUGUCCAAACUUGGUUGGGUUAGUGGAGAAACGUUGGGCAAGGAAGGCGGUGACGGGUUGAAGGAACCUCUUAAACUGCUGACCAACGUAGGAACGAGUGGACUCGGCAGUCAGCCUUUGAAGAAACCAGGGAAUGAGAAUAUUGCCACAGCGAAAAAUAAGACAAUUUGGAAGAAAAGACAAAACAAAUGCCGCUCCAUGAACAUGUUCGAGGCUUCUGAUUCCGAUUGAUAGUUUUAAACAGAUUUAACUGUAGGCUGUUGUGAAGAAAUAGUUCCUUCAAGCAUAAAUAUAAUUGAUUUGUACACUGAA